AUGAGAAGCUUAAAUUUCGUGAUAUUUUUAAUAUUUUUAGUCAAAGUUGAGUCUGCAAAUAUUCUCGCGAUUUUGUCAUAUCCUGCAUACAGUCAUCAGCACUUUCAUCAUAAAGUUUUGGAAAUAUUAGCCGAACAAGGACACAAUUUGACAAUUUUUACGUCACAUCCACAUGAUUAUGGUGACAAUCCGAAUGUCACUCAACAUUCAUUUACUGAAUCAAAUAAAAUACAUAAGGAACACACAGACAUGCUGAUGUAUAAGCAGAAGAAUAUAAAUUAUGUCAAAAUGUCAAUGUUCCAUGAGUUAAAGGCACAUUUUUAUUCAGUGAGUAAAGAAAUGGAACAUCCAGAAAUUCAAAAAUUGAUCAAAAACACCUCAGACUAUCAAUUUGACUUACUGAUCGUUGAAUGCUUCAUCUGUCCAUAUUUCCUGUUUGCUGAAAUUUACGAUUGUCCAGUUGCAAUCCUCAGCGCUACAGAGAUAUCAGCUAUAAUCCAUGAAUUGUUUGGAAAUGACGCAAAUCCAUUGAAAUAUCCCGAAAGUCAAAUUCUGCCAUAUCAGCAUGGAAAAUUAACAUUUUACGAGAAAAUAGACUCUGUUAUUUACAAAACUUAUCAAGAACUGAUCUUCAACUUUGUUUACAUCUUUCUAAGUGCAAUAAUAAACUACAACCAUUUCAUACAUUUGGGUAUGAAAGCGUUUGAACCACCAUCAAAUCGCCUAUCACUUCUUAUGCUUAAUACAAAUCAUGCAGUUGGACAUGUUCGACCGAUGAUGCCACACUCAAUUCAGAUUGGAUUUACUCAUGUUGAGAAGCCAAAACCAAUAAAGGAUUUAGAAUUAAAGAAGUUCCUGGAUAUGUCAAGCAAUGGAGUAAUUAUCAAAGCUUUUGGUUCCAUGGUCAAUAUGAGAAGCUUAGGAAUUGAAAAUUUCAACAAAUUCAUGAAUGCUUUUAAUAUGACUAAUAUGAGUGUUUUAUGGAAGCUCGAUGGAAUUGAGGAUAGUGUCAAAGUGCCGAAGAAUGUGAAAAUUGUGUCAUGGCUGCCUCUAGCUGAUGUCCUGGCACAUCCAAAUGUGAAAUUGUUGAUUUUUCACGGUGGAAUAUUUUCAUUAUACGAAGCAAUUGACAGAGGAGUUCCAAUGAUUGCAUUUCCAUUGACUUAUGACCAACCUGUUAAUGCACGAAUUAUAGUUGAUAAAGGAAUUGGAAUGGAGAUGGAUUUGAAUAAUUUUGAUGAGUUUGAACUUAGUGCAGCAAUUCAAGAAAUGACAAAACCAAAAUAUAUUGCAAAUUUGAGGAAAGUGCGGUCAUUGGCAUAUGAUCAGCCUAUAAAUAAUCGAGAUCUUAUAGUGUGGCAUGUCAAUAAUGCCAUAAAGAAUCGAAUUGUUUAUGCUAAGGACUUUGGAAGUUUCAGCAUCUUUAGAUCACCAUUAAAUCAGUAUUUAGUAUAUUUAAUUGUUUUUGUAGCUUUAAUUUAUUUAGUUUUAAAAAAGAGAGUUCCAAAAAAAUGUGAAAAGUCAUUAAGACUAAAAGGCUAA